UUGCUUUGUAUUGUGUGCAUGUGUCUCGUUGCGUCGUCGCCUGCCUCCACAUGAACUAUGAACAUUAUCUUUGGGGUUCCUUAAACUCUGCCAAAGGCCACUCUGAUGGGCAGAGACAGAGUGUGAAUGCAUGUGUUUGUUUAAAGCUGAAGAAGGAAGGCGAUACCACGAGCCACAAGUCAUGCCUGUGUCGGCGUGAACAAGUGUGUCCGUGUGAUCUUAUGUCUGAACCAUGACAAGAGCAGCGGUGACUAAACUUCUCCUCCUCGUGAUCCUCGCCUUCAUCAUCUGUCUCCCAGAAUUCUUCACCUUGUAUAGAGAAUCAAAAGUGAAUUUCCUCUGCCUUCCCUACGAGCCCUGUGAACAAGUGGAUCGGGUGAAGGAGGAGGGGGAACAUGGGAAGACUGGAAAUGCUGAAAUUAAGAGAAAGGAUGUGUGUGACCCUUCUAAGAGUCAGUGGGAUCAGGCCUGCACACAGGAGGAUCAACGCAAUGCGACAGAUUCAGCAUCAGACUUCAGGAGAGGCAGAGAUGAUCCAAAAACGAGCUGGUUCUUGUGUAAAACAGACACGGACAUGACAGUAUUAUACGGAAAUCACUCAUCACCAGCUGUAGAGUUACAUCUGGAGGUGUCCGUCGAGCUUCGACUCAGUGAUGCAGAGAACCUGAAUCUCACCCUGUACGGCCGCAGUAAUCACAGCUCCUUACGCCUCCACCCACCCGAGGAGGAGGAGGAGGAAGAAGAGCAGAAGGGUGAUGAUGAAGGACAGAAGGAGGCUUUCUACUGCUGUCUCCCUCUCCUUCCCACCUCUCAAACAGCCAAUCAAAGCCACUGUCUCCUUUGGCUCGCCAAUCAAACAGUUUUGACUGCAACAGCAAAGGAAAAGCUGCCAUGGAAACGGACACAGAAAGAUGAGUGGCGGUGUGUGUUCAGAGUCCUCUGGCUGGCUCUGCUGUGCGUCGUGCUCCUGACUAUAGUUGCAGUUGUGAUCGGACAAAUCUACUGUGAACGAGGCAUUUGCAAAAAGCCCAAAGUGCUUCCUGUUGUUUGUAACUUUACUGGUCACUGUUUAAAUGGUAAACAAGCAAAAGAUGGAAAGAAGCAAGCAGAAAGCAUCAGUCCCACUCCUAAAGCAACAGCCUUCCAUUCAUAUGGAUUUCAGGGUCGGCCAGGACUCUCGACAAUUCAAGAAGCUGACAGUCAAAAUGACAUAGAAAUGCUGCUGGAUGGAAACGUUGACCACUGCUAUACUGCAAAUCUGCAUCAUCGUGGCCAUCCCUCCACCUCCUCCCUCACAGAGGAUCAGGCCUGGUGACACAAGAGAAGCCAGACUGCGCUCACCUAUCAGUCGCCUUUAUGAUGAAAAUAAAACUAUCGGAGGCACCUGAA